GUAGUUAGGUUUUUUAUAUUUAUAACGACAUCAUUUUUCGUCGGCCCGUUAAUGAUUUACUCAUUUUUAGAUGGUUAUAUCAUCGCUAGAAUAAACAACUUUUUGUUUAUAUCUAUAAUUUUUUUUUCAGUUGUUAUUUAUAUUUAUCCUUUAUACUCAUUUUCGCGUUUUCAAAUUAAUAAAUAUACAUCAUCAACAGUUUCUUUUUGAGUCUCAAUUUAGUACUCAUUUCGUUAUUUAGGACCUAUCUACAAAGAACAACUCAUCUUUAACUGCAUGGUGUCCAUGAUUUGAUGUUUUUUCAGUCAGUUAGUGUUGUGCGGGUAAGAGCAUCAGUUUACCGGCCAGCUCGACUAAUUUUUAGUGAUUGUUACUGUUUUUUUUGCGGAAAUUAGUGAUACUAGUGUUCUAAUUUCUUAGUGAUCAGUUUAGGUCCGUAUCGGCUCUCGACGUCGCGGCCAUGCUGUUAGGAACCCUGUGUUUCGUCCUCGUCGCCGCGAGUGUUUUCGCCGACGACGACACCACGUCCGGUCCGGUUUUUCUAAAGGAACCGCCGAAUCGUGUCGAUUUUUCUAAUACGACCGGUGCCGUAGUGGAAUGUAGUGCGCGCGGUAACCCCCCACCGGAUAUAAUUUGGGUGCGAGCUGACGGUAGCGCCGUCGGCGACGUUCCAGGAUUACGGCAAGUUCUGGCUAAUGGAAAUUUAGUGUUCCCCCCGUUCAGAGCUGAAGAUUAUCGUCAAGAGGUUCACGCGCAGGUUUAUGCUUGUCUCGCUAAGAAUACCGAAGGUUCCAUUCACUCCAGGGAUGUCAACGUUAGGGCCGUCGUAUCGCAAGCGUACGCGACUAACGUAAUGGAUGAAAGCGUCCUCAAGGGCAACACCGCCAUAUUCAAGUGUCACAUACCUAGCUUCGUAAGUGACUACGUCUCCGUCACUUCCUGGUUACAAGACGACGGACACGAAAUUAUGACCCGGGACGGAUCUAGUUUGAUAUAUGACAGCAAAUAUUUGGUACUACCCUCCGGCGAAUUGCACAUCAAAGAUGUCGGACCUGAGGAUGGAUACAAAUCGUAUCAAUGUCGGACGAAACACAGACUUACCGGAGAAACUCGACUUAGCGCCACCAAAGGCAGACUCGUCAUUACUGAACCUAUCGGUUCUAAGGCACCCGCUUUUUCAUCCGAGUCGAAGAUUUUCACGUUGGAAAGGCCGAUCGGGAAAAAUUUGGCUUUGCUCUGUCCGGCGCAGGCUUUACCGGCACCUUCGUUCAAAUGGUACAAGUUCAUCGAGGGAACAAACCGCAAACAAGCCGUCAUCCUAAACGACAGAGUAAAACAAGUGGCGGGCACGCUUAUCAUUCGCGAAGCGAAAGUCGAAGACUCCGGAAAAUAUUUAUGCGUCGUUAAUAAUUCAGUGGGCGGCGAAAGCGUCGAAACUGUUCUAACUGUAACCGCUCCUUUGAAGGCCAAAAUCGAUCCACCGAUCCAGACUAUAGAUUUCGGAAGACCAGCCGUGUUUACAUGCAAAUUCGAAGGAAAUCCGAUCAAGACCGUCAGUUGGUUGAAAGAUGGUAAUCCGAUCGAUCACAGCGACCCGGUUUUAAAAAUCGAAGCCGUGAGAAAAGAAGACAAGGGAAUGUAUCAAUGCUUCAUUCGUAACGAUCAAGAGAGCGCCGAAGCAACAGCCGAACUGAAAUUAGGAGGUAGAUUCGAACCACCACAAAUUCGUCACGCUUUCAACGAAGAGACCGUCCAACCUGGUAAUUCCGUUUUUAUGAAGUGCAUCGCUUCCGGUAACCCCACUCCUGAAAUCAGUUGGGAAUUGUACGGAAGACGUUUAGCGAAUAGUGAAGUGUACCAAAUCGGUCAAUACGUUACGGUGAAUGGCGAUGUAGUGUCCCAUCUCAAUAUAAGUGCUAUUCACACAAAUGACGGCGGUUUAUAUAGGUGCGUGGCUAGUAGCAAAGUCGGUUCAGCUGAUCAUUCCGCGCGCAUCAACGUGUACGGUUUACCUUUCGUUCGUAGUAUGGAAAAACAAGCGAUCGUUGCUGGAGGUACCCUCAUCGUACAUUGCCCGUUUGCCGGUCAUCCCGUAGAAGCCGUUGUUUGGGAAAGAGAUGGAAGAUUAUUGCCGAUAAAUAGGAAGCAGAAGGUAUUCCCAAACGGUACCCUCAUCAUCGAAAAUGUUGAGCGAACAUCCGACCAAGCUACUUAUGUUUGUGUGGCUAAAAAUUCGCAGGGAUACAGCGCCAGAGGAUCUUUAGAAGUCCAAGUAAUGGUACCUCCUCAAAUUACGCCGUUCGAUUUCGGGGACGCUCCCGUCAACUCCGGUGAUAUGGUCACAGUUUUUUGUACAGUUAACAAGGGAGACGUCCCGAUAGGAAUAAAAUGGACGUUCAACGGCAAACCUAUGGUAAACGGUGACGAUAUCGGUAAAUAUCCAGAAAUAAUUGUAUCGAAAGGAGGAAAGAGAAGUUCGAUGGUCACGAUCGAAUCUGUAUCGCAUUCCAACGCUGGAAACUACAGUUGCCACGCUAAAAAUGCAGCGGGGGAAAAUGUUUUCACCACAGAAUUAUUAGUUAACGUACCACCAAGGUGGAUAUUAGAACCUACCGAUAAAGCUUUUGCUCAAGGUUCUGACGCUGUUGUUGAAUGUAAAGCUGAUGGUUUUCCUAAACCUACUGUGACAUGGAAAAGAGCUACUGGUGUUUCUCCUGGAGAUUACAAAGAUUUCAAACCGAACAAUCCGGAUAUUAAAGUCGAGGACGGCACUUUAACUAUUAAUAAUAUCCAAAAAACAAACGAAGGAUACUAUUUAUGCGAAGCCGUCAACGGAAUUGGAUCCGGAUUAUCGGCCGUCAUUUUGAUUAGUGUUCAAGCUCCUCCCCAAUUCGACGUUAAAUAUCGCAACCAAACAUCCCGAAGGGGAGAUCCGGCCGUACUACAAUGCGAAGCUAAAGGCGAAAAACCGAUCGGUAUCAUUUGGAACAUAAACAACAAACGUCUCGAACCUAAAGGCGAUAAUCGUUAUACCAUCAGAGAACAAAUACUACCCAGUGGCGUUCUCUCCGAUUUAAGUAUCAAACGUACCGAAAGAGGAGACUCUGCUAUAUUUACGUGCGUAGCAACAAACGCUUUCGGUAGCGAUGACACCAACAUCAACAUGAUCAUUCAAGAAGUGCCCGAAGUUCCGUACGGACUCAAAGUUUUGGAUAAAUCAGGAAAAACGGUCCAAUUAUCGUGGGUUUCGCCGUACGAUGGUAAUUCUCCGAUUAAGAAGUUCUUAAUAGAAUACAAACCGAGCAAAGGUAGUUGGGACAAAAAUUCCGAAAAAGUACUAAUCCCAGGCGAUCAAACCGAAGCGGGUAUCUUCACUUUACGUCCAGCUACAACUUACCAUAUCAGAAUUGUCGCCGAAAACGAUAUCGGAUCCAGUGAUCCUUCCGAUACCGUGACUAUCAUAACCGCCGAAGAAGCUCCAAGCGGACCACCGACUGCAAUAAGAGUCGAAGCCGAAGAUCAACAUUCCCUAGCCGUGUUUUGGAAACCACCGUUGAGAGAUCAUUGGAACGGUGAUAUUCAAGGUUAUUAUGUCGGUUAUAAAUUGGCGGGAGCUGAUAAACCUUAUUUGUUCGAAACUGUUGAAAUUCAAAGGGAAGAUGAAGCUAAGGAACACACUUUGAAGAUUUGUAACCUCAAAACAUACACACAAUACUCUGUAGUAAUUCAAGCGUUUAAUAAAGUUGGAGCCGGUCCUACGGCAGAAGAAAUUAAAGCAAACACCGCCGAAGGUGUUCCUGAACAACCCCCAGAGAAAGCCACCUGCACCACACUAACAGCCCAAACUAUUAGAGUGUCUUGGGUUUCCCCACCGCUCACAUCCGCCAACGGCGUUAUCAAGGGAUACAAAGUCAUCUACGGACCUUCUGAUUCAUGGUUCGAUGAAAAUAGCAAGGAUACAAAAAUAACGGCAUCCAGUGAAACAAUCCUCCACGGUUUAAAGAAAUAUACGAAUUAUAGCAUGGAGGUAUUGGCUUAUACUUCAGGAGGAGACGGAGUUCACACAACUCCAAUUCAUUGUCAAACUGAACAAGACGCACCCGAGGCACCUACGGCUGUCAAAUCGUUAGUAAUGUCUGACGAUUCUAUAUUAGUUAGUUGGAAACCCCCGACGGAACCCAACGGAAUUAUAGAAUACUACAUGGUGUAUUACAAAGAAACCGGUAGCGACGAAAAACCCAAAUCUCAAAAGAUAGUACCAAAUUUGAGAAACCAGAAUCUCAGUUAUCAAGCUAAGAACCUAGACAGUAACCUAAAAUACGAAUUUUGGGUAACGGCGGCUACUACCAUAGGUGAAGGACAACCGUCUAAAAAAGUUACCGUUUCUCCAAGUACCAGUGUUCCCGCUAAGAUCGCCUCAUUCGACGACACCUUCACGACCACUUACAAAGAAGACGUAACUCUACCGUGUCUAGCUGUAGGAGUACCGACACCGGUUAUAACGUGGACUAUCAAAGGCGUCAAAUUUUCCGCUAAUACCAACGAUAGAGUCAGACAACACCCCGACGGUUCCCUUUUCAUCCGCGAUAUAACUCGUACUGAUGCAGGGGAAUAUUCCUGUAAAGUCGAAAACGACUACGGGCAAGAUUUCGUAACCCAUCAUUUAAUUGUAAACGCACCACCUAACGCUCCGAUAGUUCAACUCACUUCUACCACCACGAAUUCGUUGACGAUUAAAUUGAAACCUCACGAUACUGACGGAGAACCCAUUCACGGUUAUACCAUCCAUUACAAACCGGAAUUUGGAGAUUGGGAAACUAACCAAGUGGGACCUAACAUAGAUAAAUAUACAAUCGAAAAAUUAUUGUGUGGUACUAGGUACCAACUGUAUGUUACAGCUUACAACAGCAUUGGAACUGGUGAUCCGUCUGAUAAUUUGACCCCGAAGACCAAAGGAGAAAAACCAAUAAUCCCAAGCGCUGAAAAAUUCAUUUUAGUGUCUUCAAACAGUAUCACUUUACACUUGAACGCUUGGUCUGAUGGCGGUUGCCCCAUGUUGUACUUUGUCAUUGAACAAAAGAAAAAAAAUAGCAACGAAUGGAUUCAAGUCUCCAAUCACGUCAAACCUGGUGGAAACUUCGUUCUGCUCGACUUGGAUCCGGCUCAAUGGUAUCAUUUGAGAGUUACGGCUCAUAAUAACGCAGGAUUCAACGUUGCCGAAUACGAAUUUGCGACACUUACUGUUACUGGAGGUACGAUCGCUCCUGCGCGGGAUAUGCCCACUAUGAAAUUGCUAUUCCCUUGGAUUCCAGAUUGGGUGGAUUGGAACAUCGCAGUACCGGUUGCGGCGACAGUUGUUGUAGUCGUUGUCGGUAUUGUUGUCAUUUGCGUGGCGCUUUCAAGAAAAGCUCACGGGCCUCUACAAACUAGGCUCCGGAGCGACUGUAUGUAUGACGUCGUUUACAAUCAAUCUUGCAACGCGGCUAAUACAUUGGACAAACGACGCCCCGAUUUAAGAGACGAACUCGGUUACAUCGCGCCACCGAACAGAAAACUACCGCCGGUUCCUGGAUCGAACUACAACACUUGCGACAGGAUCAAGAGAGGUACAAUAAGAGCACAUUACCGUUCUCAUUCCACUUGGGAUCCCAGGAGACAUUUAUACGAAGAACUAAGAAGUAGGAGGGGUUCAAAUGAGACUGUUCACACUCAUAGAGGUAUGGAUGACGAAAUAUGUCCUUACGCUACAUUCCACCUUCUUGGAUUCCGCGAAGAAAUGGAUCCUACCAAGGCAUUACAAUUCCAGACGUUCCCCCAUCCCCAUUCUGGUACUAUAGGACCCUCUGGCAUGACGACACCACACGGUCUACAUUCAAGAAACGGUUCCCAAUCUAUGCCACGACAAAACAGGAAUAGAUACGAUAGAGUAGGAUCUCAAGGUAAUGGUAGCAUUUAUUCCCCCGGUCCGGAAUACGACGACCCGGCCAACUGUGCCCCCGAAGACGAACAAUACGGAUCACAAUACGGUGGUUACGGCGCCCCAUACGAUCAAUAUGGUAGUCGAGGAUCAAUCGGUCGUCGUUCUUUAGGUUCCUUGAGAAUUCCUCCAGGUAAUAGCAGUCCCGAACCACCACCUCCACCACCAAGAAAUCACGAUCCAUCUUUCAACGAUUCCAAGGAUAGCAACGAAAUUUCGGAAGCCGAAUGCGACAGGGAUCAACUUAUCAACAGUCGGACGUAUGGCGUAAUGAGAGGUAACUCGAAGGAUGGUAUGACCCAUGAAGAAAUGCGAAAACUGAUAGAGAGAAACGAAACAGGGCAAACCUGCUCAGCAAACGGGGGACUCUCAGCCUACGAUACUAUGGCAGUGUAACCUGUGAAAGGAAAACGGCCCCUACUAAUUCAGUUUUGAAGAUCACACUACAAAUUUCUUUUUACGUCGUCUACAUAACCAAAUUGAUUUAUUUCAAUAAUUCAACACUUUGUGUCAGCAAUAAAUACUCACCGAAAAUUUUUUGAGACUGAUUGCUUCAUCAUUUCCAUAAUUAGCACAAAUUUGGUAGUAUUUCUUUCAUUUUUUUAGUGCUUUGGAUCUUCAAGUGAGUGUUUGUUGCAGAUAUUUUUUAUCGUAUUGUAGUUUGACGGAGAAGUGACAGUGAUGUGGUUUUUUUCCAAAAAUAUCUAAUUAACAAUUUUAAAAAAGGCAAACCGCCAAAACGGGGCGUUGAAAACAAAAAAUGUCACAACUAUUACUUCUCCUUUUUCGUCUUUAAUAUUUUAUACCAAAUUUUAUGAUUAGAUUGCGAUUCUCUUUGGGCCGAUAGAGCCGCUAUUACGAAUACGUACACAUUUUGCCAAUAUUUUGGUAAUUAAUAGGAUUUCGAGUUUUUUUUUGUACAGAGUGGCUCAAUGUGUCAUGUGAUAUUUUGUGGUUUGUGAAUGGGUGGACGUUGGUUUCUUUUUUGGUCUACAGGUGGUGCCAAAAUUCAACAUAAAAUUUAAACAUCUCUAAAUUAGUCGACCAGGCUGUAAUAGAUCAAAUAUAACAUGCGAAGCGUUGUACCUAACUCAUAUUACAGUAAAUUCACUCAUAUUUGCUGUUUUUUCUGUUGCUCAAAAAAACUAUUACCACAAUCAUUAAUAAAUAAUUGUACAAUAUAGUUAAAAAAACGAUUUACACGAUUUACCCUACUGAGAUAAGCUCCGAAACAGUACCAAAAAUAAUCGCCCAGUACAGUAAAUUUCAAAAUAUAUAGGUAUAACUUCAAAUUUAUAUCACCUGGUAUAAUCAUACUGUAGGCUUUUUUAAGGUUAGGUAUAGCUUAUUGUUCGGUUUUUGCUUAUAUGUUGUUUUCUUUUUUUAAUAGUUUGUAGUAAGUUGGCGAUAAGAUUUAGUUAUUUCUACCACAAAGAAGUUAGGUUAGUUUUUUACAUGAUAAUACUGGGUCAACAAUGUAUGAAUUCGAUUAUAUGAUUAUUUUACAGUUGACUAGGACUGCAUAAAUUCUUAGUUAUGAUUAUUUGACAUUGACAUAAAGUCGAUAUAUUUAAAACUAUAAAGGUUGUAUUAAUCAACUUAAUACAUUGAAGUCCACGUAGUGAAAAUACCAAAAGAAGAAGUUAAGAUGAUGGAAUAAAACAAGUAAUUUGACAAAGGAUAAAGUUUGUACAUCCAAUUCAAAUAAUAUGUAGAAUGACAGUUUAUCACGUAAAUAAUUGACAUUUCUUUUACUAUAUUUCGUGUAGUGUUUUCAUUAUUAUACAUUGUUCGAAGGUUGUGCGUCGCCGACUUAUAAUUAAAACAUAUAUGCUGUGGCAAAAGUUUAUAUAGAGCUCUAAGAUGAGAGAUAAGUUGAUGGUUAUAAAAUUACCAGUCCAUAUAGCUAUUUUUGUCGUUUUUCUGCAUUAUAUUACCAAAUCAAACUUCUCUCAUCCACAAGGUGUCUUAUAAGUAGUGGAACAUGCUCUAUCAGUGAACGAUUUAUCUUUGAUUACUGUGUGUUCUAUUUCUCGUGAGUCGCCCUGUAUAUUUUUCUUUCUUAGGUAAGUCGAAAGUUAAAAUAAGUAUUUUAAUUUGCGAAAUUUAUGGAUAUAUCAAUGUGUUUAAAUUCGUGCAUGUAAACUAGUAGCUGUUCGAUCUAGAUACUCAAGAGUUAUUAAAUUAAGAGAAAAAUAGCAAGAAUUAUAAUUUCAAAGUUUAAAUAAUCCAGACAAAACGCCGAGUUGGUGUGUAAAAGUUUUUUUCUCGUAAAACUUAUCGUAAUUAGAAAAAAAUGAGUUUUUCUCCAUUGUUAUAGCAUCUGAAUAUUUAAAUUCAAUCUAAACUUGAAAGUGGAGAUAUGAUUAAUGUUGAUUAUAUAAAGUACAAAUUGAAAAAAGAUCAUUUGAAAUAUAAUUUCGAGAUAAAUGUAAGAAAUUUUGAAAAUGUUUUUGAUGAAAAGAUAUCUGAGGGGAAAAGCUUUUUUACAUACCAUCUGGACUAAAUUAAUGUAUUUUAUUCAAUAACCUAAGGUAUCAGUAGAUUUAGUCGUAUCCUUAACAAAUUUACCGUUCUCAUGGCAUUUUAGACUCGCCUUCUUUAAUUUUUGAAAAUAUACAUCGUUUAUAUUGCUUGUUCAAUACAAAUUUUAUUGUUGUUGACUAAUCAUUACUGUUCUAGCUAGCGUACUACCUUUUUGCACUUUUUCUUUAUUCUUUUGAAAUUUUUCGAAAUUUGUUUGAAUAAAUUUAAAUUUACAAUGUGAAAUACACCAAUUAUGGUAAGAGUAGCAGACACUUCAGCGAGGAUAUUUCUUAAAAAAAAAUACAAUUUCAAAUAAAAAAAAUUAAGAAUAUCUUUUCUUUUUAGCUAAACCUCAUUAAGUUUCAACUACAAUUAGUAAAUUUAAUAUCAUUUUAGGCCAAAUUGAUUCAGUAUUUAGAAGUACCACUAUCAUUUUUAUUUGAUUCAUUUAAUUAGUUCGAAUAAGCUAGCUAAGCAGAUUUAUCAAACAUUCAACCUCAUUUCCUAAUUUAUGCAUCCAGUAAUUUACAUUUCAAGUUCCUAAAUAGUUUGCAAAGUUUAGCUGACAUAGAUCUGGUGUACAUUUGAUUAUUUGUCAUUUUUUGUGUAUUGAGCCCUAGUCAUCCGAAUCAAUUAGUUAACUAUCUUUCAAACGUUCGAAAAGUGGCAAAUAAUGUUUUUUCUUUUUGUGAUAAUGCAUUAAAAUGGUUUGGAAUGCCAUUUACUAAGUGUAUUGUAAGUGUGCUAUACAUAUAUAUCCAUUAGAAUUAAGUGAUUAAGUUAAGGGUAGUAAUGUAUCGUCUAUAGUUGGAAAUAUUAACCGUAAAACCACCUUUUUUCAGUAUUUAUUGAUUAUAGAGUCAUUUUAGAUAACUUUAUUUUCUUUCUAUCUUGUGUCAAUGAAUUUUUGAGAUACAGACAGUUCUUUAAGACAAAAUUGGGAUGAAAAGUGAAAAUGAGAGUUUUUAACUUAGAUUUCUGAAAUUUUAGUCAAUUUACCGUAACAGUUUUAAAUUAAACCUACACAUUUCCUGUUUAUUUUUGAGUACAAAUGAUAUAGGAACAAGUUUUCUAUUCGAGAUAAACAAAUGAUUUAUGGUGUUUGAUUCAGAAUGAAUCAAAAAUUUUUAAAAAAAUUUUCUUACACAUUUGGGACUCCUGUCUUAUUAGUGUAACCUUUUAACCGCCCUGCCAAUUUAAAAAGAGCACUGAUUACAUAUGGGCAUCAUAAUUUUUUAUAGGGAAGAAUCUCGAAUUAAGGGUGAAAAUUUUCUGAAGCCCUAGGAGACUUCCUGCCAACAUUAUUUCCGAUUGUUUUGAACCAAAUUUGUUUGAUUGGUUUAAUUAUAACUAUUGUAUAACCCUACUAUCAAAAAAAAUUGUUAAUAAAAUAGAUGAUAGCAGUAAUCAGAUCCAUUUUUUUCCAAGGAACUCGAGGAGUUUUCCAUGAAUCAUAAGUACUUUCUAUACUUUUUCAGUACUCCAAAAGGCAGGAAAUCGUGGUUGAACUAUGAUCCAAUAUCUUUCAGUCUUUCAAGUUCAGUAUGUAAACUUAUAUUUUCCAUAUUGCAUAUCUGGGUUGUUUUUUUAAAUUUACUAGUAUAACACUUUGGAUGAUAUUGUACUACCAAAUAUAAUACUAUUUAAUAAAAUAACAUAUAAUAAUACUCCAUGUUCUAAUUGAUCUUAUAUAUACUAAUCCUUUUGUAUACAAUUUUUCCCAUUUAAACUCAUUAUUAUUAUUAUGAUUAAUUUCAUUUGGAUUGUAGCGUUGAGAAGAUUUUGAGUGUGUUUUAUACAAGUUUGCCAUUUUGACACUCUUUAAUUUCUAAAUGCUUGUAUACCAAAGUUUUGGUUAAAUAUACAUAAAUAUAACUA